CCGGGAAUCUCCUGCUGCCGCCACCCCCCGAGGCCUCCUCAAGCGCUGCGUGGAAGAGGAGCUGCGACAGAAGGAGGCACAGCAGCUCGACCUCCGGACAGCCGGGAAGAGGAGCCGAGGGAGGCCGCAGAGCGCAGACGCUGCCAGAAGAUGGAUUUUAAGGCCAACCUCAAGGGCGUCAAGGCCAAGAUGGAGGAGGACCGCAAGGGGAACUCCUCGCAGCAGGUCGACUUCCGCGCCGUGUUGGGCAAGAAGGGCGCCGGCGGCAACGACAACAAACCCGCAGAGACGCCCGGCGGGAAGAACGCCGCCGACUUCCGCUCCGUCCUCGCCAACAAGAAGAAGCCAGCGAGCCCCGAGAAGAACGGGGAGAGCGGCAAGGCAACGGCAAACAACUGCGUGGACGGAGGGAUUAACGAGAAGAAGAGCGAAGGUGGAGGAGGAGGAGGUGGAGGAGGGAAGGCCCCGGUGUUCGUGGAGAAGCUGAGCGACGUGACGGUGCUGGACGGGCAGCGGCUCCGGCUGCAGUGCCGCCUCGCCGUCGCCUCGGAUCCUGCAGACGCCGCCGUCGCAUGGAUGCUGGACGGAAAGAUCAUCAAGUCGUCCAAGUUCAUCGUCCUCGCCAACGAAGGUGGGCUGUGCUCCCUGACGAUAGGCAAAGCUCUGCCAGAGGACGAAGGGCAGUACAAGUGUAGAGCUGAGAGCUCAGCCGGCAAAGACGAAUGUUCCUGUAUGGUUCUAGUAGACGAUCCAACAGAAAACUCUCCGGCUGACAAGAAGUCCAAGAAGACAACUCCGACCUCAGAGAGUGAAGCGAGAAUAAAGAAGCCGACGGCCAAGACUCCUCCGAAACAAGUUGCUCCUCCUCAGAUCCUGCAGUUCCCGGAGGACAUGAAGAUCCUGGCGGGGGAAAAGGUGGAGAUCCUCUGCAAGUUCUCUGGAGCUCCGCCCAUCAACUGCACCUGGCUGAAGUUCAGGAAACCAAUCCAGGGCUCCUCUGAUAUCUCCAUAGAGAGCAGUGACAGCAGCAGCAGACUGACCAUCAGCAGCGGUCAGCAGGAGCACUGUGGAUGUUACACCAUCGAGCUGAGGAACGCCGUCGGCCUCCGUCAGGCCGCCCUCAACCUCACCAUCGUCGAUAAACCCGACCCCCCAGCCAGGGUCCCUGCAGCCUCAGACAUCCGGCGGGCCACUCUGACCCUGUCAUGGUACGGGCCAACCUACGAUGGAGGCAGCGCCGUGCAGUCCUACAACCUGGAGAUCUGGGACUCGGUGGAGCCGCAGUGGAAGCUCCUGGUGUCCUGCAACAGCACCUCCUACAACGUGCAGAACCUUCUUCCAGAGCGUCAGUAUAAGUUUCGUGUCCGGGCCGAGAACAUCUACGGAGUCGGAGAGCCGAGUGCCGAAUCUGAGCCGGUGACUGUUGGCCUGGUGAAUGAUGAUGAAGAGGCCGAGGCAGAGGAGGAGGAUGAAGACGUAGACAAGGAGCCGGACUACAGAGAUGUCUCCAUCAGGACGGACGUGAAGGUGAAGGAGCUGUACGACGUGGAGGAGCGGCUGGGAACGGGGAAGUUCGGGCAGGUCUUCAAACUGGUGGAGAAGGCGACGAAGAAGGUGUGGGCGGGCAAGUUCAUCAAAGCGUACUCGGCAAAGGAUAAAGACAACGUCCGGCACGAGAUCGGCAUCAUGAACAGCCUCCAUCACCCCAAACUGGUGCAGUGCAUCGACGCCUUCGAGGGGAAGUCCGACAUCGUCAUGGUGCUGGAGAUGAUCUCUGGCGGCGAGCUGUUUGAGCGGAUCAUUGACGAGGACUUCGAGCUGACGGAGCGGGAGGUGAUUAGAUACAUGCUGCAGAUCAUCGAUGGAGUCAGCUUCAUACACAAACAAGGCAUCGUCCACCUCGACCUCAAACCCGAGAACAUCAUGUGUGUCAACAAGACCGGCGGCAAAAUCAAACUCAUCGACUUCGGCCUCGCCAGGCGACUAGAAAACGCGGGAACUCUGAAGGUUUUGUUUGGGACUCCAGAGUUUGUGGCUCCAGAAGUGAUCAACUAUGAAGGCAUCAGCUAUCCCACCGACAUGUGGAGUAUAGGAGUCAUCUGUUACAUACUGCUGAGCGGUCUGUCUCCCUUCAUGGGCGACAACGACAACGAGACUCUGUCCAACGUCACCUCGGCCUCCUGGGACUUUGAGGACGAGGCCUUCGAUGAGAUCUCUGACACGGCGAAGGACUUCAUCACCAACCUUCUGAAGAAAGACAUGAAGGCUCGGCUCACCUGUGCUCGGUGUUAUGAACACACCUGGCUGAAACAGGACACCACCACCAUGAAGGCCAAGAAGCUCUCCAAGGAGAGGAUGAAGAAGUACAUUCUGAGGAGGAAAUGGCAGAAAACGGGUAACGCAGUGCGAGCCAUCGGCCGACUGUCGUCCAUGGCGAUGAUGGCCGGAGUCAGCGCCAAGAAGGGCUCGCCGACAGAAGAGGACAACCAGUUCCUGGAGUGUUUGGAGUUCGAGCAGAAGUCGGACUGUAAACCUUCUUUCAGUUCGGUGAUCAAAGACGUCGAGGUGGUCGAAGGCAGCGCAGCUCGCUUUGACUGCAAGAUCGAAGGUUUCCCUGACCCGGAGGUGGUUUGGUACAAAGACGAGCAGCCGAUCAAAGAGACGCGACACUUUCAGAUCGACUACGACGAGGAAGGAAACUGCAGUCUGGUCAUUUCAGAGGUGUCGGGUGACGACGAUGCCAAGUACACGGUGAAGGCGGUCAACAGUCUGGGGGAAGCGACCUGCACCGCCGAGCUGCUGGUGGAGGUGAUGGCCGGAGAGGAAGAGGAGGAGGAAGAGGAGGAAGAGGAAGAAUAGAGCAUGUGUUGGUCUGGACUCCCACAGGAGGAGGAGGAGGAGGAGGUGCUGCUCCUCUUCAGACCUUAGCAGGAAACAAAAAACAGGUUGGGAUUGGAGGAGGAGGUGGGCGGGGUUUCCUCACCUGCAUCAUGCUUUGUGCUAAACCCCGUCCACCUGAAACCUGGAGAACAGAAGCCCCGCCCCCCUCAGCUUAGCCUCCAAUCAUUGGUGGGUUUCCUCACAUUUCAUUGGUCUUCUGUCUGUUUACAUCACAUUAAAAUAAGAACUUACAAUAAAGAUAAACUAAUAAACGUUUUAGAGGGAACACAUCGAUGAUGCGCUGCUAGCUGCUCCCAGUGCCCAUCACCAAAGGCUCAUGGGAGCUGUAGUUCUUCGGGGCGCGGGCCUUUGGCGCUCUGUAAAACCAAACCAUGCUGAACGUAGCGCAUGUACACCUGCUCCCUGUGGGAGGCCAGGGGAGGAAGACGAUGGUACAAUGAAGGCCGGGAGGAACAUAGCUUUACAUUCACAGAGUCAAGUCACCUGAUGUCUCCCUGUGGCAGGAGACGAAGGUCGUAAUGACUACAAACAACAAGGCAGACGGUGGUGUUAGCGUGGUGUUAGCGCUGCGGCUAACGGUGUGGCAGAGGCUCAAAGACGAGAUUGGAACGUAGCUGUAUAUUAACCCUCACUAGAACUCAUAUUUCUGAUAGACGGCUAACUAAUGUUUGUUAGCUAACAUCAGCCUUAACAUGUUAGCUCAGUAGCUAACAAACAUUAGCUUAUUAGCAGUAGAUGUUUAGGCUUUCAAGAUUUAUUGAAACAGAUUGAACCACCAGAAUACAAUUUGUUCACAAUGUGUGAAAAAAAUAGUUAGCAUGUUAGCUAACGUCGGCGUAGUGACGUUAGCUAACGUUUAUAACGUAUGUUAGCACACCUCGUUUUCCUUCUCGUUUCUGAAUCUUUUUAUUUACAAAGUGUUUUAUUCUUGCGAUAGUUCGUGACACAAGAACACCACGCAGAAGGUUUACGUCGCCACACGGGGCUUCUGGGUAAUGAAGUCUUCCAAGUCAAGGGAUCGCCACUGAGCUGCUAAAAACCAAGUGCCUUAAUCGUCCCGUGACCGGACUCUGUGAUUGUGAGGCUGAGAUAUAAGUUAUAUAACAAUAAUCCAUGUUUUAUUCUAUAAUCUUUGCAUCUGAUGUGUUCAGCUAAGAAAAGUUGAACGUGUCUGUUUGUUUCUUCUGAAUGAGCACUUUUCUUAUCUUGUUUGUAUUUUUGAGUUUUACUCUGAAAACCUCUUCCAGCUGACGUGAACUUGUGUCGUUGGCCUUAAAGCAACACGCGACACUUUCCAUGACGUCUGGAGGAUUUUCUACGAUCACAUUUGAGACGUUCGGCUGCCUUUAAAACACGUUUGUUAGCACGUCGUUAGCGUGGCGUUAGCACGUCGUUGGCACUCCGUCCUUCUGGUCAAACCAAAACACCACGACUAAAUAUUCAGGAAUACUGCGUGGUACAACUCUUAUCUCUUUAUCGACGUUCAGGAAAAGAAACGUAUUUAAAAACUUGGACCUCAAAAUUAAGAAAUCUGUAUUUUGUAAAUUAGAUGUGGAUUUCAUUAUUUUAAGGUCCAGUGUUUCUCAUUUUACAAUUUUGAGGAAAUCUCUAAAAGAUUUAAUCUCAAAUAAUUUUGGUAACUAUUUUUACUACUUCUGCAAAUAUUACAAAGUGAGUAAAUAUCACAAACACUUGAAGACGAAACCUGAAGUUUAUUUAACUGUCUCUGUGAUGAGAAAACAACGUUACACUCCCAAGCAGCUCCCGGUGACCUCUGACCCCUCGGCUCUUUUCUUUUCCACAUUCCAGCUCUCUGUUUGUGAUUUGAAACAUUUAUUUAAAGGUUUUCAACCAAAGAAACGUCUCUAAUAAUUCACAGGUGUGUUUGUGUGAUCAUCCGAUGCUGAGACCUUACCUGGUCCUGUGUGUGUGUUUGGUGGUUGUGUGUUUUAAGAAUGUUUUAUUUUUAGACUUAUUUAAUGCACAGAUUCAUAAUUCUGAUCUUCUCGCCAGCACUUGACUCGUCACCGUUGUUACAACCGAACCGAGCGGCGGACUCGCUCCUCCACGGGUUUGUUUGCUAUUAGAUGUAUGUAGAUUAUAUUUCUCUAAUUUUUAUAAAUAUAUAUCGGUUUGAUGACUGCAGAUGACAUGUAUAAGAACACUACAACUGUAGUUACAGAAAAUAAAUAAAUCUAUCAC